AUGGCAUGUUUGGGAUAUGAAAAGGGAGAAUCUGGCAAGUUUUCAACGCCGAACUAUCCGUCCCCAUAUAGGGGCAAUUCUAAUUGUCGAUGGGUAAUUGAAGCACCGAUUAACAAUCGAAUACAGGUCAAUAUUUUGUUUGCAUUUUUGCAAAAUCGUUCUUUUGUGGUAGAAUCAAGCACAUUUGUCCACUUCCAGUUGACAUUUGACUAUUUCGAAACUGAAGAAUUUGUUGACAUUGUCACUGUCCUUGAUGGAGGUCCAGCGGAGAACAGUACCACAGGUGAUUUAAGUCAAAUGAUUUUUUCGAACUCGCCCAAAUACUAUAUGCUUUAGUG